GUACAUCAGCUACUCCCACUGUUCAACAACAGCCUUCUCCUGCUCUAGGUCUAACUUCAGGAGCAACAGGAGUGAUGAUAGGCUCCACAACUCCGGCAUCCUCUUCGAGUGCAGCUCGGCCUUACGCGGCUGCCUACAUCCACCUCCAGCAGAGUAGUCAGAUGCAGAGUGCUGCCAGAUCAGCGAGUAGUAUGAACGGAGAAAGUUGUACAUCAGCGAGUGCAUCAGUGUGUAGGCAAAAUCACCAGGCUGCUCAGGUGCAAUUUUACAGCGGAGCCAGGCCAAUUGAAACUGGUGUAGAUUCUGCUAUGAUACAGAUGGGUUCCUCGUUGCAGCAACCUCAAGCGCCUAUGUCAUCACAGCAUGCGCAAGCGCCUAUUGUUUUGCCAGACCCACCAAAUUUUGCUGCAAGUGCGGCUGAUGCAACACCCACGUCAACCUCUGCUCCAGCCCCGGGCACAGCCGCAGCCGUAGUUCAUGAGUACCUCCAUCAUAGAGAGGCUUCAAUGUCGAUGAGCAAGGGUGUAGAAGCUCAGCACGAGGGUGAAGAGCAUGUCGUCGUUGACAGUGAAGUUGAUGUUGUGCGGCCAUCACAAUCUAUUAAAGGGCAACAAUAUGUUGAACCUUCGCAACAAGUAAGUUCUGGUUCAGGUCCUCCCGGCACGCGGUUUCCUCGUCCAGAAGGAGAGCUUUCUCAGUCUCCCUUUUACGCCACUGCACCUGCUCCUUCGGUGUUGACCGCUCCCUCAGUGUUGACCACGCAGUUUAUGCCAGCCGGUGCAGUGCCUCUGUCGGGCUCGGAGCAGCAGCCCGAUUCAAAUGUUUGGGUACCGGUGGGCCCUCCAGGCAUUUUUAUUGCUGCCGAGGAAGAGAAUGGCCAGAUGCCCGCGACUGCGCCUGUCGUUGUGUCGCCAGUAACUGCUACAUCUACUGCAACAACAACGGGUGGGAAAGACUACUACAACACUAGUACUUACGUGAAUUCAGCACCUCAUCUAAGCCUAAACACGCCAGCGGAGCAGCCAGCAACAGCAGGAAGAAUCGGAGCUUUUCAUCAUCCAACGGGACAACAUUCCUCACGAAGUGCAGGACCAACAUCCACGACCUUUAAAGAAGAAGGCGACGCCGAUGUCAUGGUCCAUAUUAACGGAUCCGGCAUCACAACGCCGCAAUCAGCUCCAGCAAUGACAGCAGGGAGAAGUCCGGCAAGCCAUUUGAUAUUGUCUGAUGGAGUUCCUCAUUUAAGACAUGACUCUUCAAAGAACCAUAUUAAGUAGGAGAUACUUGAUGCAUGAGAAUUACUCUUUUCUAUCUUCCUCUGGUCUUUCUUUUUUCUAGUCAGGAAGGUCUGCUCCACCACAACUUUACACAGACACCGAAGAAAGUGCCUUGCUCGUCUUGCUUCUAAUCACCGACCUCCCUUUACGAGGACAGGGCACCACCACAACAGCACGCAACCAGGCUGCACCGCUGUCAACGGCACAUGGCUCGUCGCCUGAUAAAUGGAAAUCUCAGCACCUCCUACAGUCGCCAGACAGUCGAGAUCGCGGGACGGCCAGUGAAUGGUCACCAGGCACUGCGGGUUUGAAAUAUGAGGGUUUGAUGAAGGAGAUCGGCCGUCUGUCGAAAUUAUGGAGUUCUUCCCUGGACGAAUUAGGCAUGCACGCGUCACAAAUCGAACGUCUUAGAAGCGAGAAUGCAGCGCUGGUGGCGGAAAGAGAUCACUAUGGACUAGGUGUCGUAGUGAGUAUUGAAAAAGAAGAUGUGAGUAUAAGUAAAUGAUCAAUUAUACGAAAAGUAGCCUUGCUCUGGUCUUUGUUAAGGUUGCUUGUACUGAGAACUUGGUAAGUAAUCUAAAUCUUGUUGCCCACAUCCCCCUCCGUGCUUCAUAACUCGCAUGCUGCGGCUUUCGCGAGCCUGACUAGCGCAACUACCGAGCGGGAUGCCGCAAUGGCUGCGCUGGGAGGACAGCUGGAGCAAACAAGUUAUGAAAGAUCAAUGAGGCAUUAGCAGUCCAAGUAAAUGUAAUCCGCUACUAACCGAUCCUGCCUUCAGGUUUAUUUGGAUUGUCUUUCAUUGUGCUGCAGCAGUGAAUCAAAAAUUGUCAUUCAUCGUCUUCCAAUCCAAAUCUAAGCACUAGCAGAGCGAGACCGCGUUCGCGAGGAAGCCGACCGUGUUCUUAUACCAGAUAGAGACCAGCUCCGAGCAGAGCGCGAUGCCUUGAAAACAGAGAGAAACCGACUCACAGCGGAGCUUGCUGAGCUGAAGUCUGCGUAUGGGCAAAGAGAGCGCGCACUUGUCGAGGAACGCGACUACUACGGUCACGAGCGAGACCGGCUUCAGACUGCAAGCGAGCAGUUGCAACAAGAACUUAUCACUGCGCAAGGGGAACGUAAACGCCUUGCUAGCGAAAAGGCCAUGUUGCAGACAGAAGUCGAGGGAUUGAGUCAGCAUGCGCAAAAUCUGGAUCAAGAGGCUGCCAGAGUAGCGAAUGAGCAACAGAAUAAAAUCCAGGAAGCAGAAGCGACCAGCGUAGGAUUGCGGGCUGAUCUUCAAAAAGUGAUGAACGAAGUCCACGAAUUGCGUGAUAAAGGGAAAUUCGUACUACUUGCCACUUCUGUAUCGUAAAAGACUUUGACUUUGUGAGUUGUUUUUUUCUGACAGUCCCAUAAGUUGUUGUCUUUGAAGUGAUGAGUGACAGUUCUAGUUUCCGACGACCACUUCGUCAUAGAAGCAUGACGCAGCAGGAGAAAUGCAUACCACCUUCCAACAUCCACAGGACUCCUCACCCGCGGCACUAGGCGGACCUGGCGUCUCCAAUGCUAUUUUACUGCAGUUUCAGCGAGAAUUGGAAAGGCUUCAAGAGGCUAAUGAGAUUCAGAAUGCAGAGAAAGCGACUACAUUCGUUAUGGCAGGCUAGUUACUUCACCACCGCGACUCAAAGUGCAAGAGGAGCAUCUCCUUAGGUAUCUCUCGCUCACCCCUUGCCCUUCUAAAAGGUCCGAAGUCGAGGCUCUGGCGCAACAGAAGAGCAGGCAUCUAGGGAUAAUCAAUCAGCUGGUGCAGCUUCUGGUAUCUGCGAGCACGAUACAAGUGGGGAAGGAGAAUUCUAGGGAGGAAGCCAUGCGAAUCUCUGGCAAGAUUGCGCAGAUGUGUGGUGCGGCUGCCUCGUCAAGUCUUAAAAGUGCUCCUACUGGGGUCCGCAAUUCUGAUGUUGCGCCUGUUCGGAGUAGUACGCAGUUGCAAGAUGACGCUAGAGGAUCUCAACAAAGCGUAUCAGUUGAUGGUGGCCCACCGUUGCCGCUCGUACCCCAAGGCUCGUCGACAAAGACAAAAAUCGACUACCUAUUGAACCACAUCGCUUCGCAUCAGUCUUUACCCUCUGAUCCCAAUGCUAGGACGAUUGGUGGCAAUUUGGGAGUUGUGGUUCCACCAACGAGUUCAGCGUCGUCUUCAAGGAAAACGAGUUGUAAACGAGCAGUAGACCACACCAGUGUGGUAGAACAGGGUGAAAUCCACGAAGCCCGAGAAGCAAGCACCAAAGUGAGCAACUAUAAUGUUGAGGUCGACAACUCUCCAAAGCAGCCGACUAAAAAUUUCGUACCAGCAGAGGAUGUGGCGACACACGGAGAGAGUUCACCCUACUUUGCAAGAGGGAGCUACAACCGAACACAGUUGCACCAAGUCGACGCCGUCAUGAACAAAAUAAGACACUUCAUUAAGGCGAGGAAUGAGAUUUGAUACCUUUUAUCAUGAAUUAUAUGUAGGGAGUAAGAAGAACUCAACUCCUGCGCUGAUCUAAAAAAAAAAUCGCUCUAGCAGUGAGUCUCACCUGAAAGUACUAGCCACGACCUCUAAUCCCCACAACGACUUGACGCACAAAGAGAGUUCUAGCUUGCAGCAACCAUCUUCAGCUGUACGGUCAGUCUCUUGGGAUCAGAGCACAGGCCACACCUCGUCAUCCUCGAACAUGAUCUUCACUUAUGGUUGGACUUCGUGCUGCUCAGGUAUUGUACCUCUAGGUGUAGUAUUCCUCAUCUCUAGCACUGUUCUGGUUCUCUCCGCUUCAAAGCUUAUUUUAACGGAAGCAGUGAGGUUUGUCUAAGUCUCUCUUUCAGUGCUGUUUCUUAUUGAGUUGUUAUUUUCCAAAAGAUACGUAACCGUGCCGCUUCUCUAUUACAUUCUUUGCGUGAGAUCCAUCGCGUAGACCAUCUGCGACGCCCUUAUGGCAGUCUGCGCUGAACUUGUAUUGUAUUGUAUUGUAUCAAUUUGAAUGCGCAUCAGUCAUCUCCUCUAACAUUUCCACCGCCGCAUCUCCACGACCAAAACGACGCAUACAAGCAACCGCUUCAUGGCGAGCUCUAGUAGCGGAGGAAGUGUCAUCAUAGGAACUACCCCUCCACAGCAGGUCCCAGUAACACGGAAAAGCGAAACAUCACAGAGUGCACGACUAACACAAAGCGCACAACUAGUACCGCCAUCACAAGGAGUAGCCAGAACUACAACUAGAUUUUCAACGCCAUCAGUAAGCCCAGCAAGCUCACCCAUGCGCAGUAGUGCACGACUUCAGAGUCCAGGACUGAGAAACACACUAGUUGUCUUUCCACCAGCGACGUUUUCGCCAGCCACGCAAUCGUCGGGAGCUGGAGUGGCGGAUCAGGUACUCACUCUUGCUUCCGGAGUUUGGUAGUCGUGCUAUUCUAGAGAAUCAAUGCUGGUAGUACGUAGAAGUAAGUACCAUGAUUGGGGUUCUUGUAGAGAUUACUGUGAUGUUGUACACGAAUUUGUUGUGGACGAAUUGCGUCUUUUCGUAUUGCAAAUCCACUUACCCUUUUUCUUUUCCUGUACUCUGUCUUCUAGUUUCCACACUCCCUCGAAAAAAAAAUAGCGCUCAUCAUCAUCUGGUCUCGGCACGCACAUAGACGCGUUUCAGAAGCGGCUAAUGCAGAAGCGGGCCCAGAGUGCAUCAUACGGUGAAACCACGGAGAUAGUGCGCGAGGUAAAAGUAGUGACUUCUUCAUCAGCGUCGUCGAAUACGAAUUCUCAAGGGAAGAUCAAACCAGGAGACUCUACUACUACUUCUACUAGUACUUCUAGUACCAAACGCCCAGCAGACCUCUCCUCGUCUGGGUCUAGAAAAACCACUACGUUCCUCGUUCCCGCUUCUCCAGUCAGUGCACCUGCACGAAGAGCAUCACUAGUUGCAUCAGGACAUCCUACUACUAGUAGAUUCCGACAAUCUGGCGUGCAAAAUCAUGCUGAUGCAUUAGUGAGAAGAAUCACGUCUCACGCGGAAAAACUACAAUCUAUGACCCCACGUGGUCUGGGUAGGGAGCUGCAGAGCUGCUUCAAUGUCACAAUUCCAUCACCUAUGGUCAGACCGUCAGUCGGCUUCUCAUGAUAAGACUAUGUCUGUUGGAUAGUUGGAUUGUGUUGAUAGCAUUAAUUUCGUCAUGUGGUCGAUAGUUGUCCGUUGUAAUUCAUAAACUCGUCAUCGAACUACUUCAUCAUGUGUGCAUAGCAUUAGCGAUUUUUCUGAUGAUAGACCAAAUUUAGUAAAUCUGAACUCUGUGCAGAAAAUGAAAAGACAUGUCAUGCUUAAUGACGCAUUUGAUUUUUCGUAAGAUUCCGUCACAAGAAGAUUCUCGCAACAUCAUAACGUACCUCACUCGUCAGUACUAGAUUCCAACACUUAUAUCAGUUUGCUAUUUUUGUGUGUAAUUCGGAUUUCGGAAAAGAAUCAAAGAAGACCUGCUGCUUAGAAUAAGUUUUGGCACCUCGAUCAUCAUUUUCAUGUUCAUACGAUACACAUCAUGCGAAUAUACCACUGCAAGGCUCGAAGCCAAAAUUUUGAUUUCUCAUUUGGAACUCCCUGUACAGUGACCACCGGUUUGCACAGAUAACCGUAUGUGAAAUGAGUGUCAGAAUUAAGGCCACAAGAAAUCUCCCAUUUUCAGAAGCAUCUUGGUCCCGUUUUUAGAGGGGAAACGGGGCCCAGGAUGCUGCUGAAGAUGGAUUCUUCUUAGUUCUAACAGAAACAUCGCAAACAGUAGAACGAAUCAACAUAGAAAACCAG